AAGAUUCUGGGAUUAUCAUAAAUAAUUAGCCUUUUGUUAAAUGUAGGUACUUCGAAGGUGGAGACACAGGUGGAAUAAACCACCGACCUUACUAGAAUACCGGCAAGUAACUAGAUGCAUUGAAAUAUCGGUACGCUGCAGGCAACAAGAAUCAGGACAUAGACCUUCCAUAUUGGAGAUAAUAAACAUUCUGGGUGAAUCUGAAAGUAUGGAUGGGCACACUGGCCAGGAAAGCGCCUAUCUGGACGAUGACAUGCUUCGUAUUGAGCUGCUCGAGCUUAAGCUUAACGAGGAGAUGUCAUGGUCAGUUAAGCUAUCCAACAAGACAAAGGCCUCUUUUGCCUUCAAAAUUGAAAGACCAAGCCAGCAGUACACCAUAUGGCCAGACAAAGGCAUUGUGACACCAGGAUGCAACGAGUAUCUUGUUCAGAUAACAUUGCAACCACAGCAGAGGGCACCGCAAGUUACCCAGAAUGCUGACAAGAUCAUCUUCCAGAGCACGAAAGUGCCCGAGGGUCUUAGAGAUGAGGAUAUCACUGAAAAAAUAUUCCAUGAAGAGGCCGGCAAAGUGGUUGAUGAGGUGGAUUUGAUGAUUGUAUAUGUGCCUACGAAGCCCAAAGAGAACUGCAAGAGUAGAGAAGGCACCAACAUGCUAGCUGAGGAAGUUCCCGAGGAGGAAAGAAUUGUGGGAAGUCUCGAGGAUUCCACCAAAGACUUGAUUGCGAAAAAAAUGAUGUAUGUCAGAAGAUUAAGAAUGCUGAGCGAGAAGGCAAGAAAUCAACAAAUGAGGUCGACAGAUGGCUGGAAAAAGUGGCCAAAAUCAUUGAUGUUAUGCAUGUAAUCUCGGUGGACUGUAAGUUGAAGAAGGAUGUUACUAUCCUGGCAUGUGAGAAGCUUCGCGAGGUUCAAGAAUGUCUCAGUAGUUGCCCCAGUACUGUUGCAAUUGAGUCAAUGCCACCUCCUGUCCAAGAGAUGCCUGGUCCAUCUAUGUCAGCUGAGAACCGUAACCUUCAAGAGGCUCUCCACUUCAUUAAGGAUGAACCAACAGUUGGAAUGAUUGGAA